GUCGCGCGGGAUCGGGCAGCUGCUGGCUCAAUCAAGCAGUCGCCACCCCAAAUCAGGACAUGUUGAACGCUGCGUGCAUUCUCGAAUUUCUGUGUCUGUCCAAGCAGCGGCUUCUCUCCGCCUGCCCAUGCUGCGUCCGCCGUGCUCCAUAACUUGUCUCCCUUCAACCACCAUCGUCCCCUCCACACUCCCCUGCGUGCCCUCGCCUCGCUCCCCCACUUCCCCCUCCCCUCCUCGACGCCGAGCGCGUCGUCCGCUCGAAACAGCAGACACGUCGCGCAGCCGCGACCUCGCCCAAGAUGGACUCGACCGCUCUGGGCACGGCCCAACACUUCAUCUUCGUCUCGCAAAUCCAUUUUUGUGCCAUGUAUGCCGUGACGUGUUGGGACUGGAUGCUAGCAUUACCCAGAGAAUGGCGUUAUAUCUGGAAAACGAGCUGGACGCCAGUAAAGGCCGCAUACUUGUUCUGCCGGUACUGGGUGUUGAUUACCGCGCCAUACCUCCUGUGGGCCUUCGUAGUUGAGCACCCACUGGAGACGUGCGAGAAAGUCUACAGGGUUCCUGUGCUGCUUGCAUUAUGGAAUCAAGCUUCCGCUGAGCUCAUUCUGCUCAUUCGCACAUAUGCGUUCUUCAACCGCAACAAAUACAUGCUCGCUUUCCUGGUGUCCGCCUUGAGUGGAGUCAUAGCCUUUCAACUCUAUGUAGCUUCAUCACAAAUGCUCCUCUUGCCAUUUGUAUCGUCACCCACUGUAGGGCCAUGCUUUCCACGCUCGCGACCAGGCUCUGCAGAUCUUCUUGGAUUCUUCAUCGCUCCUCUUGCAUUUGACACCAUUGUCACCCUCAUUACUGUGGCAAAGGCCAUUGUCAUGCGGCGCAGGAGCGGUGGACCUAAUAGCAGACUCAUCCAGACUUUCCUCCGCGAAGGCGUCUUCUAUUACAUGUUGAUCUCCAUAGCCAACCUGGUCAACGGCAUCUUCUACCUGCAGCCCCGUCAAGUUAUGUCCGCAAUUUGCAUCCCUCUCAGCGUCAUGCUAGCUCCGGUACUGGCAUGCCAUCUCAUCCUCGAUCUGCGUGAGCGAGGCGCCGAGACCGUCGCUCAGUCCGCGGGCACCAUCGCCUUUACCGCCGGCGUCUCCUCCAACAAAUCAAAUCCUGGCUCACCCUUCUCCGGGCUAGGAUUCGGUUUUGGGUCUCCAUCGAGCUCGAAGGCAUUAGUGCGCCCCAACGGCGUGCUGCUCAGCACAAUGGGCAGUAUUCCUAUGCCAAUGGAGGGUAUAGAGGUAGCGAUGGCCAGCGGUGUCGAGUUGGAUAACAUGCAAGCAUACGGGUCCGAGAGCUCGGUCGACAAGGAUGUCGAGCUCGGUCUCGGGAGCACAGUCAGCGGUAUUCGGGUAGAUGUGGAGAAAACGACUAUGUGAGAUGCUCGACGACUGAGCAUUCUGGAGGAUGUUAUUUCACGUCGACUCGUCGUUUACGUUGUUUCUCAUGGCCAUUUGUUUGCAUCGCACUUCGUACUUUUAGGAUUGUUGUCAGUCAAUGUAGUUCAAGGCUUUCGCACGUUGUAUUCGCAUAGAUAAUCGUACUAGUUGGAUUGGUCUUGACAUAAGUACAUUUGAAAUCGUUUCCAAUGGUGACGGCUACGAUGGCAUUGCACUCGGAGAACACGGGCGUCAAUCAGCCGGUGUAGCCGGCUGGUCGAUGGUCCGUGCGCAGGGCGCGCGGC